AUGGCCAAGAAACACCUGCACUUCCUGCCCAAGUCCGAGACAAUUCGUAUGGCAGCAAAUGAGAAGACGCGAGACGUGACGGUGGAUCUUGUCGAAGGGGCUGACUGGCGACCAAAUCACGUCUUCUACGUCAAUCUGAAGAUCCAGGAUCAGCCCGAUGGCGACAAGACUACGCUUGGCUCGUGUGAUGUGGCACGAGUACGAUAUCCAGAUGAUACAGCAUCAUUGAUGGGAGGCGCUGCAAUGGAAUUUGUGAAGGCGAACUAUCCAAAGGAGAACUGUGGCUGGAUAAGACUGUUCGUAACGAGGCGUGGCAAGAUGCACAGUGGCAACCAUGUCGUUAUUUAUGAAACAGCGGACGUGACUGCACAAGCCGACCACGACUACACACCAGUGAAACACGGAAGGCUUAUGUUCAAGGGUCAGGAAUAUGAGAAGUACAUCGACAUUGAGAUAAUCGACGAUAAGCACGACGAAAAGGAUGAGACAUUCACCGUCGAGAUCGUAUUGGUUGAAGGAGAGGGAGGCGAGUUUCUCUUCAAUAUGAAUCGGGCCCUUGAGCAGGAUAAUGCAGUCCACAAAAUGUGCCGCCUUGCUGCUCAAAAUAAGCAUGGGUUCAAGCCUUUUAGCCUUAAUUUUCGCUUACAAACUGAACAACUGUUUGCAGAGGUGGCCAUAGGUCGCAAUCGUCGUACGGUGGUGACAAUCAUCUCUGAUGACAAUGCUCUGAUGAAUCUGGUGAAUGUGCAUAAGCUUACAAGCCAUUACAUGCGAAAACUUUCCAAUUACAAAUCUUCAUGGAUGGAUCAG